GUAUUCGUCUUCACUUGGCCACGCUUUCUUCUCCUGACCUUAUCUCCAUGGCAAAGGGAGGAGCAAACAGAAGCUUGUAGGGGUAGUUAUAGCUUCAAUCAUGUACAUGUACUCGUAUAGUCACAAGGGAAGUAAUCAAGGUUGUAGAGAUGAAUAGAGGAUUGCUUCAUAUCAAAGUCCUCCAUUGCAAAUGAUGAGGGGAAAUCGUAGCUUUUGGAGCAUGAACGCUAUGAUGAGCCCACCUGCUGAGCAAAACUAUUGCCUUCUACCUUACCAAGAUCCUCCACUCUCAUGGAGCCAACUGUUGCUAGAUUGUUGCAGGGGAGGAUCUUGUGCUAGUGAAGAAGAGAAGCAUGAUACUGAACUUAUAGAGGGCUGUUGGGAAGAACAAAUUGGAAACGCUGGCACAAGUGCAUAUAUGGAAGCUGCAGGGAGUGGAUGCAUGAUCCAGAGCUCGAUCCAACCAUCUAAAUGUUCAUGGAGCCAUCAAGUUUUGCCACCUUCUAUCUCCACCACUUUGAGCAACAACCUGUUGGAGUUCUCAAACAGCAAGUCUCAGCACAAUAGCACAAAGCCAGCUGAUAGCUCAUCUGAGAUUUUCAAAUCGGACUUCUCCUUUCUCAAGUGCAACAGCACUGCAACUGGUGGAGCUCUCAAGAAGGCCAGGGUUCAAGGCUCCUUCACAGCUCAAUCCACGUUGAAGGUGAGGAAGGAAAAAUUAGGAGAUAGAAUAAUUGCACUUCAUCAGAUUGUUUCCCCUUUUGGGAAGACUGAUACAGCCUCUGUGUUGCUAGAAGCAAUUGGCUACAUCAGAUUCUUGCAUAGUCAAAUUGAGGCUCUGACCUCACCGUACUCGAGCAGUGUUGCAGGAAACAUGAAGCAACCUUCCACUUUCGAUGAUCAUGAAAGCCUAAUUGAGGAAGAGAAGGAUCUGAGGAGUAGGGGGCUUUGCCUUAUGCCACUCCCCUUCAUCUCGCACGUAGGAAGAGACUUUGGUGGAAACUAUUUGGGAAGCUUCUGAUUUACAGAUACAUGAGCGACAGGUUCUGAGCAUUGUUGAAGCUUCUGCAGUUGAUGUGCAUGCAUAAGAUCAUUAGCAGUCACUCUGAAUAAAGAUUGAUUGCUCCUGAUAGUAUGCAGCAAGUUGGGGAUUGGAUACAGAAACUUCAACCCUGCUAAGGACCAUCAAACUGAUCAGCUAGGCAUGCAUUCAUCCCCAUGGAGUUGUGGUCAUUUAACUAUAUAUUUAAGCCUUUGUUUAUCCUUUGAGAACGUUAAUAUUGCAUAUGAUAUUACUUCGUGUGAUCUGAAUUUGAUUGUCCAGUGUGAUUUCAAGUCAGUUUGCUAUAAUUAAGGUGAAGAUAA